AGUCUUUCGGGCUCUGCCGCCACCAGCAUUAUUGUUAUUCACUUGCAUCUGCAUUACACUCGACCUGGUCAUAUCCAUCUGCAGCGCAUACUGGUCCUGUCCAGGUGCACACGGCCGACGGCUACCACCUACCGCCGCCAUGAAGACCGUGAUUCAGCGCGUCAAGUCUGCUUCUGUGACCGUCGAUGGUCAGCUCAUAUCGACGAUUGGGAAAGGCCUGCUGGUGCUAGCAGCCAUUGCCAAAGAGGAUACUGCCAAAGAAGUCGAGUCCAUGGCUGCCAAAGUGCUCAAGGUGAAAUUGUGGGAUGACGAGCAGGGUGGUGGCAAGUGGAAGAAGAAUGUGCAGGAGAUCAAUGGCGAAGUGCUGUGUGUCUCUCAAUUCACCCUUCUGGCGUCUACAAAGAAAGGCAACAAGCCCAGCUUCCAUGCUUCUGCAGAUCCUACCAAAGGCAAAGAGCUCUACGAUCUCUUCUUCAACCAAGUACGGAAGCUGUAUCGCGAGGACCGUGUUAAGGAUGGUGUGUUCCAAGCCAUGAUGGACGUGGGUCUGGUCAAUGAUGGACCGGUGAGUGACGAACCGCCCCAAGAGAUGCCUACGACGCCAUGCAUUGGAUUGGACUUUUCCUCCCUGGACGAAGAGGUCACCAUAGAGAUCGAGACGAAUCCCCCCGAGAUGAAGAACCCGUCUGGUUUUGCUACGCCUGAUAGUGAGACCUUCAAAGGCCACCUGCAGAAGACGUUCGAGUACCCUGCAGAACUGCUCGAGUGAGCUGCAUGUACCCUUCAGCCACCUCUCAUCGCCUUCAGGGUGUUAUCAACGUGCCUCCCGGGAAGGGACCUUGAGCUAGAAGACGGGAGACAAGAUCAAAGUCCAAUUCAUCAACUCGUCACGAUUUUGAUUGGCGAACGCUCAAUAUUUUCUAAGAGUACACAAAUUCCGUGGGACCCAAGCAGCUCUUGCUUCUGAAUACACAGCCACUACCAGAAACAGUCUACUGCUCUGGCACAAACACACCACGGUAGCGCACCUUGCCCUGGUCCAACCGAUCCAUGACAUCAUUUAUGGUCUGUUCGUUCAUGGGGUACUUCUCCACAAUCGGCUCAAUCUUGUGCAAAGCCGCAAACGUGAGCAUUCUCUGGUGGAUGUAGCGAGAAGACACGAUUGACCCCUGCACAGUCAGGCCUGAUACCAGCAGAGCCAUGUAUGGAAUGUUGAAGUCGCCAUCAUCCACAACCGAGAGAGGGUGAAUGGUAGCACCAGGCGCGAGUGCGGGCACAAUCAUGGACCAAUCUGGUGGCGCUGAACUUGUGACAAGCAGGCGGUCAAUUGGCUUGGAUGGCUUAAUCUCCUUGACGUCUUUGGUUGCGAUGAACUCGUGGGCUCCGAGCUUCAUGGCUUCAUCCUUCUUCUUGUCCGUUCCCGAGAGGACAACGACUCUGGUUCCCAUCGCAGCAGCGAACUGAAUGGCAAGAUGGCCGAGACCUCCCACACCCAAGAUACCAACUGUCUCGGUAGGCUGGACAUUGUAUGCAUGGAGAGCAUUGAAGACGGUAGCACCACCGCACUGCGAAGGGAAAAGAAAGGAUGUUAGCAAAUAUCUCCUCUACCAGUGAAAACAAAUCAGAAUCUCCGUGCCAACUCACCAUGAGAGGAGCAGCAGCCUCAUCACUAAUCUCAUCCGGAAUCUUGAACAAGAAAGCCUCCUUCCACACCGCAUGGCUCGCAAAUGAUCCCUGGUCCGUGUUCGCAUACGCAUACAUAGCUCGUUCUUUGCAGUACGUCUCGGUGCCCUUCAGACAUUCCUGGCAAUGACCACAGCUGUCGUGUUGAUAUCCCCAUCCGACGCGAUCGCCUUUCUUCAAGUAUGUGGCGAGUGGACCCAAUUGCUCUACCACUCCGACACCUAUCACAUGGAUUCACAAAGAAACCUGUUAGAACAGACUGCUAUCACAAACGGCGGGGGACUGGUACUACUAUUGUUACUACCACCACGACUGCUUACCUUCAUGCCCAAGCCCCAUGUCUGUUUUGCGGUAGUGGAGAUCUGUGCCGCAGAGACCGGAGGCGGUGACCUUGACGAGGACUUGGUCUUCUACGAGGUCGCCUUUCGUGGUAGUCGCUUUGCGGACUUUGCCAUCUUCGUUGCCCUUGAACACGGUGAAAGAGACCAUUGUGGAUGGUGGUGGUGGUGCUGGUCAGAUAGGGAGGAGGGAUCCAGGAGUACUCGGAAGAAGAAGAUGAAGAGGAGGAGGAGUAGUAGUAGUAGUAGUAGAACAACAACAACAAGAUUAUUGAAGCAUUUGCA